GCAUCGAUUGGGACUAUGACUGUGAAGCCGUGAGGCCGGUUUCAUCAACUUUCGAGCUCUACACGCAGCUUUGGGCCGUGCCACGAGCACCUGCAUGGCAGAAACUCUCCUGUUGUGAGACUGACAGCUUUGGCAAGUGCCCUUUGCCCGAUCGACGAUUUGCCGCCAAGUUCAAUGUUGACGAGGUUGUG